AUGUAUCGAUUGUGUUUCCUUAUUUUUUUAAUUAACGUAAAUUAUUUCAUUGCCUCUCCUGUGCAAUCAGAUUUAGCUUCAAGUUUUUUGGAGCAUAACAUUGUUCCCGAUGUUUUAUCUGUGGUACCCGAAGAAUAUUUGGCUGUAAAAUUCCCGAGUGGUGCAGAAGCGCAUAAUGGCAACAUAUUGACUCCUACCCUGGUGAAGGACCUUCCUUCACUCUCGUGGAAUGCGGAACCUGACCUCUUUUAUACUGUUGCGAACGUUGAUCCUGAUGUGCCCUCUCAUGAUGACCCAACAAAAGGACAGGUUGUCCAUUGGUUGGCGGGCAACGUGCCAGGUGACGACAUCUUAGCAGGAGAUCAGCUCAUGGAGUACUUUGGAGCUGGACCAGCACAGGACACUGGACUGCAUCGUUAUGUGCUCGUAGUUUACGAACAACCAGCUAAACUGGAAUUUGAUGAGCCUAGGAUGUCAAAUUUGACAGCCGAAAAUCGCUAUUACUUCUCAAUUGGCGAUUUUGCUAAGAAGUACAACUUGGGGGAUCCCAUCGCUGGUAAUUUCUACCUGGCUGAAUACGACGACUACGUGCCAAUUUUGUACAAGAUACUCGGCAUUUAA